AUGGCAGGUGUCAUAGUAUUGGUACAGGUCGGGUCUCUGCCGCCGUCAUUCAGCGACAUGCGUAUCGGCGAUGCAGGCAAAGAUACGUCAUUAGGAAUUGUCUCCAUGCUGAUUGCAGGUUACCGUAGUGCUUUCGCUGGCGUCUACAUGGAGGCGGCCCUCAAAUCUUCGGAACGUAGUGUCAUGUUUCGCAACGCUCAACUGGUGGCAUACGGCUGUUUGUGUUCAGUCGGCGGCUUCUUCUGGCAGUCAGACUUUAGCAUCGAAGGAUUCUUCCGUGGUCACACCAUGCUGGUCUGGGACUUCGUUCUGUUGCAAGCCAUGGGAGGGUUUCCUCGCUUCUUGGGUAGUCCGUGUAUCGAGCACCCUUGCGAAGAUUUAUACCCAGAGCUUGGGUUUCCUGUCAGCCUUACAAUUCAUUUACUCUCGUUGCCUCACGCAUUGAGCUUCGAAGUAAGACGCCAAGGAUCCUAG